AUGUCCUCUGCUCCUUACGCUGGCCAAAUCCCCAGCCUACAGGAUCAGAUGAUACCACAUAAUACACUCCAACCUUCUACCAUUCCUGGAUCACCAGCUACUGUCGCCACCAACACCAACAACACCACUAAUUCUGUAGCAACAACAAAUAACACUACCACCACAACAACAACAUCAUCAGCACCAACAACAAACGCAAACACAAACACAAACACAAACACAAACACAACAAACAACCCGGUAUACCCUUCUCAAGAUUCCACUCCUGAAGCUUCCUCCGCUGCAACAUCCAUGAUUGACUUGACAAAUCCUGCAGCCGCUGCUACAACAGCUGCUACUACAACAACCGCUACAUCCACAGCUGCUGCAACGGCUGCAAACUCAUAUGCCAAGAAAUCUUCUUCUUCUUCUUCCUCUCACAGACACUCAAACCGCAACUCUCGCAGACAUAAAAAAGACAAAAACGAUAUGAGUGAUAUCGAUACUGAUUCAGACUCUGAUAUGGAUUCAGAUCUCGACCAAAGACCCUCCAUCUUGGACCCACACAUUCGUCUAGACCCAUCAUCAAGACCUAUCUCUAAACUCCCCACAGAAAUUGUCUCCCAUAUCUUUAAAUUCCUCCCAGACAAGCGUGACCGUUACAAUACUCUUUAUGUCUGCAAGUUUUGGUUCUCCAUUUCGGUCGACUCGUUUUGGUUCCGUCCAAACAUUUUAAAACCAGAAACCCUCGACAUGAUUACUACUGUCCUGGGUCCCCAUUCAUACCCCUCCCUCACAGUCCCUUAUCACCUCAUGAUUCGACGCCUUAAUCUAACAAGCGUUCCAGACCAUGUCACAGACCAAGUCCUAUCAACUUUUACAGUAUGCAAAAACCUCGAGAGACUCACCCUCAUUAGCUGCUCAAAGCUCACAGACGCUUCCCUCGUCCCCCUCUUGUCUUCUUGCAAAAACCUUCUCUCUGUAGAUAUGAGCAACCUCGAGCUUGUUACAGAUAAAACUAUAUUUGCACUGGCUGAAAAUUGCCAUAGACUACAAGGCCUAUACGCCUCCAGUUGUAAACUUAUUACUGACGAUUCAAUCAAGGCCCUGGUGGCGUCUUGUAAAAGUCUAAAACGCAUGAAGCUAACCUCCUGUAACAAACUAACAGAUGCUUCCAUCCAACCCCUUAUCAAAUCUAGUCCAUCCCUUGUCGAACUCGACUUGGCUGGCGUUUCUGAAAUAUCAAAUGAAACUGCCACCAUGGCUCUUACAAUGCUCCCACAACUCCGCGAAUUUAGAUUAGCAAUGAACCCUUCCAUCUCUGACCAAGCCGUGCUUAAUAUCGAUAAUCCAACCUUUUUAAUGGACAAGCUUCGAAUCAUUGACUUUGCAAAUUGUUCCAUGAUUACAGACGAUCUUAUUGAGCGGCUUAUCGGCAUAGCCCCCCGCCUCAGACAUAUUGUCUUGGCCCGCUGUAGCAAUGUUACUGACCGCUCUCUACAAUUUAUUGCUAAACUUGGCCGUAACUUGCACUACCUGCAUCUUGGACACUGCUCAAAUAUCACUAACCGCGGAAUCACCGAAGUUGUUAAAAAUUGCAUGCGCAUUGAGUAUAUCGACACUUCUAGCUGUACCCAGCUUACCGAUGCUGCUGUCAAGGACCUUGCUGCUCUCCCCAAAUUGCGCCGAGUUGGUCUAGUCAAGUGCCAACAAAUCACCGACGUGGCCAUCCAUGCCUUUGCACACCGCACAGGUGCUGAUAAUACCCUCGAGCGCGUGCACCUCUCUUACUGUUCCAAUAUUACUCUCAACUCUAUUACAAGACUUGUCAAUGCUUGUCCUCGCCUAACACAUUUGUCGCUGAGCGGCGUGCCUGCAUUUUUGCGCGAUGACUUGACUAGAUUUUGUCGUCAGCCACCUUCAAACUUUAGUCAACACCAACAAGCAAUUUUCUGUGUGUUUAGCAGCAAGGGUGUUACCCAACUUCGAGAUCAUCUCAACCGACUUGCUUCACAGCAACAAAACUUUGAGUAUGAGACAUUUAUUAAUAGAGGUUUGGUUGCUCAAGCCACGCCUGGGAUUAUGAUUCCUGGAAUGAUGCCUGCAGAACAACCACAGCCACGUACCAGAUUGACUGCUGCAGCGGCAGAUGCUUUGGCACGAAAUGGAAUGGCAGCUAUGGAAGAUAUUUUAGGAGGUGUCAUUGGGUUUAAUGUGGAGGAAGGCGAAGAGACUAUUCCUGGUGCUAUUCCUGUUCCAGCAGCAACAGCAGCAGCAGCAACAACAGCAGUACCACCACAUCAAAGAGCUAUUGUUGGGGACCAUGAAAAUGAAAUGGCUCAAACUAUUGUUUUACCAGAUGAAAAUGGUCAUAUUCGACUGAUUUUACCUGAUUCUGUAAUGAGACGCAUUGGCCGAGAAGAGAUGUUGCAACUUGCAAGGACCAGAGGCCCUGUAGAUGCAGAGAAUAUGGCUGCACUUUUCCGACAAUUGGAUGCAAGUCCUGAGGCUGAAGAAAUAAGUGCAGAGGAAGCUCAACGGCGCGAGCAAAUGAUGAUUCGCGAGAGGUAUAUUAACUCACUUAAUGCUCAAAGGAAUCAUAAUAAUAUUAACAACAAUAAUAACAAUAACAAUAAUAAUAAUAAUAAUAAUAAUCAUCAUCAUCAUCAUGGAGAUUUUGUGGAGGAAUUUGGAUUUAGAGGAGUUCCACAAGGAUUUGUUCCUGGGCAAUUUAGAGACGAAAAUCCAGGAGCAAGAGCAACAGCAGGAGUUGCAACUACUACAGCAGAGGCUGCUGCUGCUGCAGUAGUUGCAGCUGUGACUGCGGCAGCAGCAGCAGUAGCUCAUCCACCUACAGGAGACGGGUCUCGAACGAUACCUCAGCAACAACACCAGCAACACCAACACCAACAUCAACAUCAACAACAAUUUGAAAAUGUUGUUGGGCCAGUUAUUGGUGUGACACAUAAUGGCAAUACUGGAUUUGGAGGAGUUGGAGUAGGAAUUGGUGGCAUGUUGAAUGGUCCUAGCAGUGGCAAUGGCGUGAAUGGCACGAGACCAGCAGGACCUGGUGUACGAGCCGGGCGACCUGCACCAGCUACUGCUACUACUGCUAAUGCUACUACUGCUGCUGUUGGAUAUGGUGAAGAUGAGGAUGAUGAAGAUGAAGAGGAUGAAAUGGAUGAAGAUGAGGAGGAUGAAGUUAUGAUGGAUGCAGCAUGA